AUGGAUGGAGGCAUGGGAACCCUGACCCACCAUUCUCAAGCUUUGGUAUCAUGAGGAAGAGGAGGAGCCAACUGAGACCUUAUAAGAAGAGUCCCUCUCCUCAAAGCCUUUCAUCCACUGGUUCUAACCUCCCCUCAGGUAUCUUCUCAACAAGAGUCGGCCGCCAUGUGUGAAAGAAGGAUUUACGCAGCCGGGAGAGAGCCCUACUUCAACCUGAACUCAACCUGGUACGGCCCUGCCGGAUCCUGGUUGGACACUCGUCGUAAGCCCUUCCAUUAUGCCGACAAUACUUCCUGUGUGCCCUGCUGUAACAAGAACAACAAUUGUGACAUCCCACGAAGAGGAGGUCACAACUACCGGUGCUACGGCUACCGCCAGUCCACAUGUACCCCCGAAUGUAACCCAAGACUCCCGUGUGGGUUUCGAAACCCAUCAGGGGGACCCCGUGAUUACUGGGGGCGACCCAUCGGCGAUUCCUGUGACGGACGGACCGGGGGACACUACAGCAACGAGGAGUCGGUCAAUGGAUCAUGCUGUGGAGCAUCAGGAGGAUGUGGCAGUGGAGGUAAGGCAUGUGCCCAACCAUCUUCUUCAAUUGGAGGAUGUGGCGGUGGAGUAUGCUCUGAACCAGGGUGUCAGUCUGGAAGAUGCGGAGGACGUAGAAGAGGAUUGUGCUCCGAGCCAGGUUGUGGCCUCUUUGGACGAAGACGAUCGGUUUGUUCCGAAACUUGGAGCAGAUCUUCCAGAGGAUGCCAACCCUGUGGGACAGGAGGAUGUCCUGGACCGCAGACCUCAUUUUCCGGUGGAUGUGGAGGAAGAGGAUUAUGCUCCGAACCAGGUUGUGGCAUCGCAAGAAGAAGACAAUCUGUGUGUUCCGAAACUUGGAGCAGAUCUUCCAGAGGAUGUCAACCCUGUGGGAGAGGAGCAUGUGCUGGGCCACAGAGUUCGGUUUCAGGAGGAUGCAGAGGAAGAGGAGUCUGCUCCGAACCCUAAACAAGGCCUUCAAUAAUAUGGUGAAGAAGACUACUCCAUUCCAAGCCAUUGAUCAAUUCU